AUCCGGCCUUGGUGGGAUGCCUGUUGAGCCGUGUUCGGCCAAAUCUGGAGCCAGAGAGAAUAUAAUACAUGACAGUCAGCCGGUUCUUGAUGACCUGAAUAUAAAAAAGGUUUCGGGCUGACUUUGAAUUUCUUGUCUGUAUCAGUCCUCAGUCGUCUGGCUGGAUAUCGAUGGCGUUCAUGUGAUUGAACAACGCUAUCUGCCAGGUCCAGCUACUCUUUUCAACUUUCAUCAGGUAUGGCUAUACUUCCCAACGAGAUGGGUCGACCCUCUGGUCGUCUACCACCGAUCGACCUCAAACGCUGGUAUCCAGAUCCUGACUCCGACCUCGCCGUUCAAAUAAUGGUCACUCGCAUUCCCACCAUGACCGAUCUACGAGAUCUUCACUGGAAGCUCUUCUGGGUGGUAAAGAUGGAAGAAAACGGCGGCGUUCAGCACAUCUACCGUCGAUUCCUUGAGGUCGUCCAGGAGAUUGGGUAUAACCAUCUUACCAACUGGGGCGCCAUCACCCAGGUGGAGACGCAGAACAGCCAAAGGACAAAGCCUCGGAAGGCCAUCACGGUGAUGAGCCUUCCCCAACGACAAGAGCUGGAGAGAAUCGCGGCGGGUGUUAGGGUGGAGGAGCCCAAUGGGGAGUGGAACUGCCAAGAUUGGAUCAUCACUGUCUUGCAGAAGGCGGAGCAGGCAGGUCUUGUUACAAACAACGAGUGGACCGCCGCUGUUGCUUGGGCAAGGAAGGGAGGUGAAGAGUGAAGUUUUUUUUUCUUUUUUUUUUUUCCAUUUACCAGGUUUCAGUGCGCUGUUCUCUCUUGCU